ACCACCUGCUAUAGCGCGGUGACCUAGCAAGUAGCUUCUGUAAAGGAGGUGGAUCGUUGUUGCGCACGCACGCAACGUGUGUGAGUUUGCGCGUAGCUGAGUGAGUGCUGCUGCGUGGAUGAUGGCUGCGUCGAAGCCCGUAGAGCCUCAGUCCGGUAGUGGGAUCCCCCGCUGGCAGCUGGCACUCCUAGUAGGGACACCGAUCGUCCUAGGCGUCGGAGCUGUUUACCUGUGGAACCGAAGUCGCAGCAAGGGAAAGCAAGGGAAAAAGAAUGGAGAGAGGAAAACUCCCGAAGGAAGCGCUAGCCCUGUCCAGGGCCAGCACGGUGCGACUAACCAAGAGCUGGAGAACAUGAGUCCCCUUGACAGAGCACAAUCUGCGAAGAAUAAGGGCAACAAAUACUUCAAGGCUGGCAAAUAUGAGCAGGCCAUCCAGUGCUACACAGAAGCCAUCAGCCUAUGUCCCAAAGAACAGAAAGGAGACCUGUCCACCUUCUACCAGAAUAGAGCUGCAGCCUAUGAGCAGCAGAUGAAAUGGACAGAAGUGAUACAGGAUUGCUCUCAGGCAGUCGAGCUGAAUCCUUGCUAUGUAAAAGCCCUCUUUAGGCGUGCCAAAGCACUGGAAAAACUGGAUAAAAAGAGGGAAUGCCUAGAAGAUGUGACUGCAGUAUGUAUUCUGGAGGUUUUCCAGAAUCAGCAGAGUAUGCUACUUGCAGACAAGGUGCUGAAACAGCUGGGGAGAGAAAAGGCCAAAGAGAAGUACAAGAACCGGGAGCCUCUUAUGCCAUCUCCUCAGUUUAUCAAGUCCUACUUCAGCUCCUUUACUGAUGACAUCAUUUCACAGCCCCUACAGAAAGGAGAAAAGAAGGAUGAGGAUAAAGACAAAGAGGGUGAGGCUUCAGAGGUCACAGGAAGCUCAGGCUACCUAAAGGCUAAGCAGUAUAUGGAGGAGGAAAACUACGAUAAGAUCAUCAGUGAGUGCACAAAGGAGAUUGAGUCUGGAGGCAGGUACACAGCUGAAGCUCUUCUGCUGAGAGCCACCUUUUACCUGCUGAUUGGCAACGCUACAGCUGCACAGCCUGAUCUUGACCGUGUCAUUAACAUGGAGGAUGCCAGUGUGAAGUUACGUGCUAAUGCGCUCAUUAAACGUGGAAGCAUGUACAUGCAGCAGCAGCAGCCCCAGCACUCCACGCAGGAUUUCAACAUGGCUGCAGAAAUUGACCCCCGUAAUGCUGAUGUCUACCAUCACAGGGGACAGUUGAAGAUCCUGCUGGAUCAGGUGGAGGAGGCUGUAGGGGAUUUUGAUGAGUGUAUAAAACUUCGACCAGACUCUGCACUCGCCCAGGCCCAGAAGUGCUUUGCAUUGUACCGACAGGCAUACACUGGAAACAACCCAUCCCAGGUUCAGAAAGCCAUGGAUGGCUUUGAGGAUGUCAUUAGGAGGUUUCCAAAGUGUGCUGAGGGCUAUGCUUUGUAUGCACAGGCACUAACUGACCAACAACAGUUUGGAAAGGCUGAUGAAAUGUAUGAUAAAUGUAUUGAACUAGAGCCUGACAACGCCACGACAUAUGUCCACAAAGGUCUGUUGCAGCUUCAAUGGAAACAAGAUUUGGAAAUGGGGCUUGAACUCAUUAGCAAAGCCAUUGAAAUUGACAAUAAAUGCGACUUUGCUUAUGAAACUAUGGGAACCAUUGAAGUCCAAAGAGGCAAUCUGGACAAGGCUAUAGACAUGUUCAACAAGGCCAUCAACCUGGCCAAGUCAGAGAUGGAGAUGGCCCAUCUUUACUCCCUCUGUGAUGCUGCUUAUGCCCAGACGGAGGUGGCCAAGAAGUACGGGCUCAAGCCUCCCACGCUAUAACUCUUGCUUCCUUUCUCCACUCUCUACUGCCGGGCCAGAGUACACAUCUCAUAAGUUUGAGGUUUUUUUUUUUGUUUUUGUUUUUUACUAAAAGAAAGACCGAACAUGUUCUGCUAUCACGUAUUUACACCAGACUGGAAGGUGGAGGAGCAGCAGAAGGAAACGAGAAUGCAAAAACAAGCUUGUGAAAAAGACUGAUGGCUGCUCUGUUAAAGAUAAAAUUAUCACUGGCAUAGUUCAAACCCUCCCUCAUUGAGUAUGGCUAUAUUAUGGCUUACAGAUGGUGCUCAUUUGUUCAUGUUCAGCCUCCCCUGCCAAUUGGUAAUUAUUUCUUUUUCUUUUUUUCCCUCGAAAAAACACCAGAUUCACUACGUUAAAUCAGUGUAUACCGUCAUCAGGACUGCGUUAUGUGUAUUCAUGGUUUGAUGCUGUAAUGUGCGUAAGCUUUGUCCUUUCACUGUCACAUCCUAACAAUCUCAUUUGCGUUCUUUGUUGUAUGGGAUAUGCAGGAUUAAAAUUUUAGUUGAGAUGGGUUUGUUUUUAAAUCUGUAUGUUCUUGAUGUGUGAUUACACUGUUUUUGCAAGUGGGUUAUAUCAAGGAAAAGUUUGAAAUUUGGCCAUACAAGUUUUAUUUUAUAUUUUCUGUGCAGCAAUGAUAUUUCUCUUUAAAAAAAAAAAUUGUCAAUACACAUAAAGCUAAAUCCUAAAGAUAAUACUUUUCUGACACAAAAAUAGUCAAAUUACACAUUAUUUAAUUUAAAAGAUAAUAUAACUAAAGUAAUUUAAAACCCUCUUAGCCCUGUGAGAGAAGUUUGUUCUGAAAUCACCUUUGCUUAUUAAACUGAGACACUAAAGCUGUGAGAAAUGUAAUAUUGCAUUUGUGUGCAAAAACAAGAAUGAGCCUAGAUACAUUAUGAAGCGCCAAAAUUACAUUCCUCUCAUUUUAUCUUUAAUACUGGCACAUAUCUGAUUUUAUUCCUCUGUGAAAUAAAAAUGUCAUUGAGGGGUAUUUUUGAAGAAUGUCUCGCUUCUUGAAAAAAAAAAAUUAAAUGCAAAAACUUCUUACAUUUAGCAACUAAGUUCCCCUUCCCUAGUCUUUAGUUUAAAUUGUGCAUUGAUUUGUAAAAUCUUGGAAUAUUGAGGUACUUUUAAAGUAUACAUAUAGUAUAUUUGUGUCUACAGAGGAGAAUUUUAUAUAAAAACUAGUAGUAAUAUAUAUAUAUAUAUAUAAUAUUCACAGUUUAUUCAUUAUUAAUAAAAGGCAGUAAAAAGUUAAAUAUGCAACUGUGAUUUCUUCAUGCAUUCAAUCAGCCAUCUUCAGCUUUAAGAUGAAUUCAAUAUCAAACAACAAAAUGGCUUUGCUGUCUUUAUUAGGCUUGUCUAUUAGAAGUAGAGGGGGUGUUAAAUUGCCUAUGCAUGUACACAUUAAGCAUUGCCUAAUAUGUAAAUGUUUACAUGUUUGUUUGUUUUUUUCUUCUUCAGCGCAAUCAAUUAUAAAAGGUUUUUUACCAAUGUUGGUAGAACAAGUCAUUCCAGUCAUUCUGCUGCAUGUUUGAAGAUCACAAAACGAUUGUUUUAAAAUAAACUAAUGCAAGCUUAUUGGCACAGCCUAAAGGUUUAAAAUGGAUUUGUUGUGCUGAAUCUGUUGAAAGUUUCUGUGCAAAAAAA